AUGGCGUCCGCGCUGUUUUCAUUCAUCGACUCCAUUGGCGAGACCUUCGAAGGAGUCGUCGAAAAUGUGGAGACCGUUGUCGGGAACGUUGAGAAGGAGGUGGAUUCAGCCGUGCAGCAGAUUGAUGCGGGAGUGGACCUGGAUGAUGUCCUGGAGGAGAUCGAGUUGGCUGGCACUGAUGAGACUGCAUUCUUGGCUGCCUGCAAGCGGCUGGAAGGACUUGCUCAGAGUCAGACCGCGACCAUCCUCCACGGAUGGGUUGUGGAGGAUAGGGUGGUGCCAGUUGUGUGUGCAGCCCUUUGUCGAGUUGAGUCUGCAAAGCUUGCGGCGGGACCCUUGGCAAGGACUUUGAAUGGCAUGGGUCAAGCCUUAGAUUCUACAGGCACAACUCCAGAGGAGUUGCGUGCCUUUCACGAGCAGAUUGUGCGUCGCACAGAGAAUGGCAAGGCCAUGAUGAAGCUGCUGCAGGCGCAAGGUGUAGCCUCUAGAACGCAAGGUUUAGCUUUGUUGCGGCGCGUGUAUCCUGAGACCAGCUCGGUCCUGGGGCGUCAUUUGCUGAGUGACCCCGAAUCAAUUUCAGCGCUGAUGCAGAUUCUACAGGAUGCCAAGAACAAUACGACCGAAGUUGAAGAGGUGGCGUUGUGUGCUGAAUGCGUACAGUUUCUGCGUCUGGUGACAGCGAAGGACAGUGACGUGCGCAUGAUCGUUACUUUCCAAGAUGGUGUUGAGGCGUUGCUGGCGAUCGCUGCUCAUGCGCUCAGCGCUGGAAGUUCGGCUGGUCCGGCAUCGGUCACUUUUCUGAGCUUGGCUACUGAUGCUUGUGUGUGUGUUCUACAGCUUGUUGGACAAGGCCCAGUCGCACAAAAGUACAUGCGGGAGGCAGGGCAUUUGCUUGCCUUGAUCCGCAGUCUUCGCGCUGUCGUGAUGGCGGCAGGCCUCACAGAGGCUCGCUUCAGUGCGAACAUUGAAGAGUCUAAGAAGCUGAGCUGUACUCCAUCCUACUAG